GACACGUCAGCGAAGCCGCUGCGCAGACGUCACAGAUCUCGGCCAGCGUCAGUUGCUGCACUGUCGCUACAGGACAUAUUUUCAAAAACCAUGGAGACUUUAUACAGUAUACCGUUUGCUGUGCUUGAAUGUCCAAAUAUAAAACUGAAGAAACCGUCGUGGCUGCAUAUGCCGUCGGCUAUGACUGUGUAUGCGGUCGUUAUUGUGUCCUACUUUCUCAUCACCGGAGGAAUCAUCUACGACGUCAUAGUUGAACCACCAAGUGUGGGUUCAAUGACUGAUGAGCAUGGACACCAGCGGCCAGUUGCCUUUUUGGCAUACAGAGUAAAUGGCCAGUACAUCAUGGAAGGACUGGCUUCCAGUUUCCUCUUCACAAUGGGAGGCCUGGGCUUCAUAAUCCUGGACCGCUCCAAUGCACCAAACAUUCCCAAACUCAACCGCUUCCUGUUGCUCUUCAUCGGUUUUGUCAGCGUACUCCUCAGCUUCUUCAUGGCAAGAGUGUUCAUGCGCAUGAAGCUGCCGGGAUACCUCAUGGGCUAAAGGCACAAAGAGCACACUUCAUCUGACAGAUGAUUUGGAUGGUGGACAGGAGGCAUCAUAAAAAAGGUGGAAGAAGGCCCAACAGGCAGCCAAACUAAAAUUAUGAAUAAACUCAACUUCUGAUAUAACCAACAACGAAUAAGGACUGAAAGCACUGACCUUGCUUAAGAAAUUAGACCAGGCUGCACUGACAGUCUCACACUGGCUGUGUCUUAUUGGUGUUCAGUAACUUCCUUUCCUCUCCUUUUCUCCCCUUGCAUUGUUAAAUCCAACACUAAUGCAUAUGCUCUAUAUUGCCACAUGCAUUACUGGUACUGGCACAUCAUUACCAGGUGUGUUGUUUCCUUGACAAAACCAGGAAAAUUGCAAAACUCAUGUACUUUACCUCCUAGUAUGUUUAAUCUAGAGGACACUUGUAUUACGUUUUCAGUUUACUGACACAGCCUAGAAAUAUCAUGCAGUAGGAGAAAAUAUGUCUCAUACUCAGAAGAAAAAAGGAAGUCACUAGACAUUGUUGGGAUGAAGCCAUUGAUUUGGAAUCAAGAUUAGCACUGUAAAUCAUUUAGAGGGGAGUCUCAAUACUGUUUGUUGUUUGUUUUUGUAAAGCAGUUAUUGAAAAUGCCUUGAACCUGUCACAGUUGCAUUUUUGUACAAGAUGGUGAAAUAAAUCUUCCUUUUCAGA